GUUUCAUGCAUGCUGCGCAGGUGAAAGUGAAACACAGUAAGGAAACUUCCCGCCAACAGCGCCGCGCCGCGGACAAAAUCAUUGCUUCUUAUAAGAAAAAAGUGAUGCGUAGAAAAAUUCUCAAAACAUUCUUUGCGAAAAAGUUGGGAAAUUGUGUGAAAAUCGUGGAAAAGUAGUUGUUUUCCCGCAAAACAAAGCCUUGGAGCAAUGAUACGAAACAUUUCGUCGCGUUUCCUCCAGCAUACGCGCUAUUUAUGGCGACAAAACAAUCGACGAAUUCAUACGAAAUUCAGUGAAAACUCCCGGAAAAGGCGCUCAAAUGGAGUCAGAACUGAACAGGUCAUUCGAUAUCAGGAACCUUUCCAGCGAUACGGAUUUUCCCGAUUUAUUGUCCAUGCGAGGAAACUCUUGCUGGACAAUGUGGGAAUCAAGGCUACGGGGAAUCCCACAGCUGACAUCCGGACGCAAAUGGUGAAAAAGCUAUUUUACAGUGAUUCCGGACCUAUGGUGGCUUUUGUGGGCAUUGCAGCUGCUGCAGAGGGGGCAACACUCCUUCAGGAUGCUGAAUUGGAGGAAACUUGUUGGAAAAUUCGGGAGACAGUGGAGAAAUUCCGUCCGUCGUGGGAUGAAGCAGAAAUAUCCGUGGGGGAUGCCCCAAUUGGCCUUGAUGACUUAGAAAUAGGCGCCCCAAUUGCAAAAGGCUGCUCAGCUGUUGUCCAUGCAGCCGCCCUCAAGGGCACCAAGGGCUCCACAGCUGUGACAAAUGCUGGCCCCAAUCGCUCCUACCCACUGGCCUUGAAGAUAAUGUUCAACUACGACGUCCAGAGCAACGCCCUGGCUAUUGUGAGGGCCAUGUUCCGGGAAACUGUCCCCGCGAGGUAUCGUGCCCUCGAAGUUGCUGGCUUUUGGCAACAUCUCGCCGAUCAGGCAACCCUCCUACCACCCCAUCCCAAUGUAGUCUCCAUGCUGGGCGUGUUCUGUGCCCAAAUGCCCAAUCUCGAGGGGGCGCACACACUGUACCCCUCGGCCCUCCCGCCGAGACUCCACGAAUCGGGUUUCGGGCGGAAUAUGAGCCUCUUCCUCCUUAUGCGACGCUACCACUGCAGCUUGAGGGAUUUCCUGGACACACAAGGGGGGAAGACAACACCCCGAUGGGCUCUCUUGCUCUUUGCUCAACUCCUCGAAGCUGUGGCGCAUCUCAAUCGCUACGGAGUGGCUCACAGGGACCUCAAAUCCGACAAUAUUCUCAUCGAUGUCGGUACUGAUGGUACCCCAGGGCUCGUUGUGGCGGAUUUUGGGUGCUGUGUGGCGGAUAAAAGGAAUGGCCUACGCGUGCCUUAUCCCACGGCUGAGGUGGACAAAGGUGGGAAUACAGCGCUAAUGGCGCCAGAGAUCAUUACCCAGAAUCCCGGGACUUUUGCAACACUUGACUACACAAAAGCCGACUUGUGGACUUCCGGGGCGAUUGCUUAUGAGAUUUUUGGUGCUAAAAAUCCCUUCUACAGCUCCUCCGGUGUGAAGAGCUACUCUUACCGUGAUGCUGAUUUGCCCUCCUUGAAUGACGAUGUGCCUCUCAUUGUGCGCAAAUUGAUUGGAAAUCUCCUCCAGAGGAAUCCCAAAAAGCGACUGAGCGCCGAUGUAGCCGCCAAUGUGAUGCAAUUGUUCCUCUGGGCACCAUCUGCGUGGCUACGACCCACUGGGGGUGCCCCGACGCAUCCGGAAAUCCUCCAGUGGCUCCUCUGUCUCACAUCGAAGGUCCUCUAUGAGAAUGCAAUGGACUCACGCGGGCAGAGGGGGGCACAAUUCACGGAGUACUUCCUCAUCAGUAGCUUCCUCGUGCGUGCGAGUCUGAGGCGCAUCGAGAAGGCUCUUCUGUGGAUACGACGAACCGUUGCGGAGGAAGAUCUUGACGUGGAUGCAGACAUUAAGGUGUGAUGAUUUUUUCUUAAGAAAAAACUUUCUUUUUUUCCUCUUUAUUUUACCUCAGUCAGCCCCCCUUCUCUUGUAUUGUGGAAUAGGUUUUGUGAAGUAAUAAUACAUAUAUAGUAUGAAGUAAUAUAAUAUAUAUAUACCCAAAAAAUAUAUAUUUUUCCCUAAAAA